GUGUCCCCCUCGGUUCGUGCGAACAAGUCGACUGCCCGACCUUAUUCUUUGGCAGCAUGAAGGCAAAACAGGUGGACAGCCCGCCGCCUCACCAUGGCUGCGAGGGCUCCAAACUUUUCAACCAUUCCCAUUCCCAUCGUUCCUAUUCUCUCUCUCCCACAACACUUCCCGAUGCCCAUCAUCACCACAAUCCAUCAUCACCACCCUCACCAACCACCACCUCAUCACCACCACCAGCCCUCCCCGUCAGCAAUAAUAUUAGCCUGCGUCAGGAAUAACGUGCAACGCUGAGCUGCACACACACAACCAGCAAUUCACCGCAUCACCGCCCCGACAAAGCAAAAUUUCCAACCAGCCAACCACCACUUCUUCCAUCACCAACUCCAACGCCCACCACAACGUCGUCGGCUUUUCUGUUGGGCGUCAUGGCUCCUUCCAGCAAGAGCGCCGCUGCGGCCAAGGACCGUAGAAAGUCCAACAACAACUCAGCUGGUCUCGUCACCCUCAGAGUUCCCAGCGCCAAGCUCCGAGCUAUCGUCGACCCAGAUUACGUGAAGGAAGAUUCGCCUGUCAAGGAGUCGCCUGCCACAUCGACGACGCUCCCGGCUGCGACGGUGAAUUCCACCACCGAAAACGCGUCGGAUUCGAGCCCCAAUACUCCAGCCGCCGGCACACCUGCACCCCCCUCUGUGAGCAUGGGCCCUCCCGCCGAGGGUCCCAAGAAGAAGGGCGUCAAAAGAGGUGCGGCUGCUCUCAACGGAGAGCCCAAGGUCCGUGGGAAGCCUGGCCCCAAGAAGAAGCAGAGACUUGAAGAUGGAACCAUCGAAGGCGGUAGAGCCAGUCUCGGAGCUCACAAGCUCGGUCCCAAGGCCAACCAAGGUGCUAUCAAUGCUGGCCUUCGCGCUCUCGACCGAUCCGGCAAGCCCUGUCGCAAGUGGAGCAGAGGCGGCUUCACCAUGAAGAGCUUUACGGGCGUUGUCUGGGAGAUCCCACGCUGGGUCGCACCUCCCAAGAUCUCGCCCGAGACUUCCACAGACUCAUCAUCAGCUCCAGUCUCGGUCGACGGCAGCAGCAAGGAGAAUAAGGACAGUGCCAGCCAGCAACUCAAGAGCGACACAAGUAACAAUGGCGGCGACAUCGAGAUGACCAGCGCUCCCAGCAUCAGUGCUGCUCCCUCCCCAGCGCCACCGGCACCUGCUCCUAUCGCCGCCGCCUCUUAAUCAUCAUUGAACCAUUCUAUGCUGUCAGCGAGUUCAUUCGUUUAUAAUCCCUUUUUAACAACAUGGCGAAUCACGGGAUAUGAUUUGCAUCAGCCAGCACAGCACAGCACAGCACAACACAGCACAGCACACAGCCUUGGGCGUUCCGGUUUCUUUUUCAGGUGUAAUUGGUGGGGGCGUUCUGAUUGCUUUUACUUUUCACUUUUCAUUGCACCAGGUGUCACACAGGCCGAGAGCAGGCAAGGCAAAAACUGGAACAGGGGGGACGGCGACGGAGCGGCCGUUUGCUUCGUCUGGGGUUCAUCAUGACGCACUCGCCAGUCAGGUUCAGUGUGUGGCAAGGCGUUUAGGAGCACAAGGGAAAGAUGGUUUGGGGUUUUGGGAGAGACAGGAGAGACAAACAAUUGAGUGACUGUAUAUUAGGGUUGUUGAUAGGGUGGAAAUGGAGUUUGGCCUUCUCCGCCGUAAGACAGAGAAGAGGCAGGCAGGCGAACAAUGAGGAAAGGGGAU